ACACCACACGAAGCCCACGGGUCCUGCCCAGGUGGGGAUAACAGGUGGCCCUGCGGGCUCCCCCGACCCUCGCAGGCCUGUCGCCGCCCCCUGCGCCCCUCGUCCCGCGUGGGCUCAAGGGUUGCAGUCCCCACCUUUCCUCUCCAGGCCUCUCCCACUUCCUUCUCCACCGGCCCCCGCCCGGCCCACCAGUCCGGGGCCCCACCUCGUCCUCCCGCGGGGACCCGACCCCUUCCCCCGGGAAUCAGGAGGCGAAUUCCUGCGGGUCCCAGAGGUGCCAAGAGUGCGCAGCUAGACGGGAAAUUGCAAAAGUCUUCGGCCCUCCGCCCUCCCCCGCGGCUUUCCCGUAACUCCCGCCCCUCGGCCCCCGUCCCGCGGCUGAUUCAUAGCCCGGGCGCCCGGCAGCCUCCCCGGUGUCCGCACCCACCGCCCGAAACCCGCGCCGCGGAGGACGCGUCCGGCUCCCGGAGCCCUGGCCCGCGGGGAAACAGAACUAUGGCUCCCUUGGCAGCCCUUCAAGCGACAUUCCUCUCGGCGCUGCUGUUCUUGGGAACUGACUGCGGCAAAGCCCUGUCUGAGCCUUCACAGUUGGCUCCCGAGUCACUGAAGGUCUCCAUCAACACUUCACAGCAGAGUUUGCAUGUACAAUGGACUGUCCACGGCCUUGCGUAUGACGAGGAAUUAAACAUGGUUUUUCAGAUACAGAUCAGUAGAAUGACCACGUUCAAUGUCAUCUGGGUGGAGAAUUACAGCACCACUGUGGCGUGGAAGCAGGUGCUGCACUGGAGGUGGGACUCCGAGCUCCCUUUGGAGUGCACGACGCACUUUGUAAGACUGAGGGGGAUGGUGGUGGAGGAAGCCGGGACCCCCGGGCCGAGGCCCUGGAGCAACUGGACCUCCUGGGAGGAAGUCGAUGCACAGAAGUCGCUGGGACCCGACUGGCUGUUCGUUUUCCCCGAAGAGAAGCUGGUGGAGGAAGGCUCCAACGUCACCAUCUGUUACGUGUCCAGGAGCCACGAAAACAACGUGUCCUGUUCUUUGGAAAGUGCACCGAUACUCGGAGAACAGCUCAGUCCAAACGUGUCUGUGAUCACCUUGAACAACGUCUCUUUCAUUAGGAAGACGGGGACGAAUUUCUUUUGUCAGAUGGAGCAGACACACACAGUAAAGGGUUCCGUUCUCUUUGUCUCGAAAGUACUUGAGGAGCCCAAGGGCCUUUCUUGUGAGACUCGGGACUUCAAGACUUUGACCUGCACUUGGGACCCUGGGACUGACACCGACCUGCCCAACUACCGCUCCCAACACUACAUGUUAUUUGAAGCAUUUUCUGGAGAAAACAAAUCGUGUGAGCACAAAGACUCGUGUGUUUGGCAAGUAGCUCCAGGCUCCCAGGAAACCUACAACUUCACACUCGUGGCUGAAAACUUCUUUAGGAAGAGAAGCGUCAAUAUUGCUUUCGACCUGGCUCACCGAGUUCGCCCCAUGGACCCCUUUUCGAUGAGCCUAAAAAGCGUCAGUGCCACAGGUGCCACCGUGACCUGGAAGGUGCACCCCGUCCGGGAUCAUUUCACACACCUGUGUCAGGUUGAGCUCCAUGGUGAAGGAAAAGUGAUACAGCAGCACAACGUUUCCGUGGAGAAGGACGGGCAGCGUCCCUUCAGCGAGCUGGAGCCGGCCAUGGAAUACACGGCCCGCGCCCGCUGCGCGGCGGCCGAGCACUUCUGGAAGUGGAGCGGGUGGACGGGCCAGGACUUCAGGACACUCGCAGCGGCUCCCUCCGAGGCUCCCGACGUGUGGAGGGAUGUGAAGUCGGUGCUGGGAUCUUGUAACGUGACUCUGUUCUGGAAGCCGCUCUCCAAAUCGCACGCCCAUGGGGAGAUUCUGUUCUACAACGUGGCUGUAGAAAGCCUACAUGGACCGUCCGGCUCGAAGCUCUUUUCCAUCCCCGCUCCGGCCGGCGGCACGGAAGUGGCCCUUGACGGCUGCUCCCACCGCAUCCUCGUCACGGCUAACAACAGCGUGGGCUCUUCUCCUGCCGCCAUGAUCGUCAUUUCCGGGGACCCUGCCGACAAAGAGGCUGAGGAAGAGAGAGUCGAACCCACGGAGCAGGGGUUCUCCGUGUCUUGGAAGCCCCCACUGGAAGACGUCGUGGGCUACGUGGUGGACUGGUGCGACCGCCCCGAGGACGCCCCCUGUGGUCUCCAGUGGAGGCGCCUGGGCCCCAACAGCACGAGCGCGGUCAUCCGCUCAGGUGCUUUUAGACCAGGGGUCCGAUACCACUUCAGGAUCUACGGGAUUUCCCCGCAAAGGAGGGCCUUUCUGCUGGGGAAGAAGACGGGGUACGCUCAGGAAGAGGUGCCUUCAGACCUGCCUCAGGUGCUUGUGCAUAACCUGACAUCCCACUCCUUCACCCUGAGCUGGAAAGAUUAUGCCACGGACUCCCAGCCUGGUUUCAUCCGCGGGUACCGCGUCUACCUGAAGUCCCAGGCGGAGCAGUGCCAACCAGAGUUCCAAAAGACGGUCCUUCCAGAUCGUUCAGUAGGCUGCCAAUAUGAAAUCAACGACCCGGAGCAGAAGACGCUGGUGAUGGGAGACCUCCAGCCGGAAUCCUCCUACGAGUUCGCGGUCGUCCCGUACACCGGGGCUGGCGAAGGCGCGCUCGACGCCUUCACCAAGGUCACCAUGCCGGACGAGCGCUCCCACGUGCUGAUACGAAUCAUACUGCCCAUGGUCGCCGGCCUCGUGGUUAUCGCGAUCCUGUGCUACUUGAAGAGUCGGUGGAUGAAGGAGAUGUGUUACCCCGACAUCCCAGACCCAUACAAGAGCAGCGUCCUGUCCUUGCUGAAACCCAAGGAGGCCGCUCCCCUAACCAUAAUGAGUGUCAACGACUGCGUCCCAGACGCUCUGGAAGUUGUCAAGAAGCCCGAAGGGAGCAAGACCCCGUUCCCAGGCGCCAGGAAGGCGGCCCCAGACACCGCACGCAUCAGGCCCGACUACAUUUACCUCCUCCCAACGGAGAGCUCCUCCGGCCCCUGCAUCUGCUUUGAGAACCUGACCUACGACCAAGCAGCUCCCAACUCUGGCUCUUGUGCCCACGUCCUGGGACCUCACGAAGUCCCACCGAGUCAGCUGGGACUACCCACCUCAGCUGAGAGUUUGCUGAAACCACUAGAACAAAACUACGUGAACACCCCGGCGGAAGCCCCAGCUGGGGAGACUACUUUGAAUUACGUGUCCCAGCUGGCCUCCCCCGUGUCUGGGGACAAGGACCUUCUCCCAGCAAAGCCCCCGGAGCCAGAGCCGGAACUCUGUUGCGAGUACAGAAUGCAAAUGGCCCUGCCCCUCGGCCUUGCCUCACCCUCCCUGAAUGAGAGCAGCAACAGCUCCCCAACCGCCCUUUUAGGGCAAGAAUACCACGGCUGACCGCCCACGUGGUUCAAACCUGUGUGUUCCGGAAGGCCGAGAGGCGCGCCCCACCCCACUCCAUCACGAGACACCCCCGCGUUUCAGCCCCAGUGAGCUGCCACCACCGGCAGGCCUGACUUCUCAGAGGCCACGGCCAUUUGGCUGGGUUUCCAAGUGCAAGAGCUAGGAGACUCCCCGUCCUUCCUCGGAGCUGGCUUGCUGCAGGAAGGCCGGCAUCGCCCGUGAGCACCCACUUACCUUGCUGCCGCAUGCUCCCGGCCGCCUUCGCAACAGCCACCCUGGCCCCCGACGCGGGGGUGAGCCCACCCACCCGGUACCGGACAGGGCGGCUCUGGUCUCAGGAGUUCAGCGAGAAGGGGUUUCCACUAAGUUUUACCCCCGCAUCGACUGUCGUGAGGGUGCAGGCACUAGGUGGAAGGCUUUCACGGAGGCCACGGAAGGUCCGUUACUGCGGCAGAUGCUGUCAAUGUUAAUUUACUCUGGAUGCACUUAGUGGAGAAGUCGCAGGUGUUUGAGACAGAAGCGGAUUCUGGGCUUGUCUCGCAGUGAUAAGAAUGCACAGCUCGCUGGCACGGUGCAAUGAACUCUCCCCCCGGGGGGGGGGUG